ACCCAUGGAUCAAGAGAGAGCUGAGUGCCUUAAGGCAGGAAGCUUCCUAGUGGAGCGGGGUGCCUCUGGGUACUUAGCAACAGAGCUAAAGAGCUACGUAACACUUGCCCAGGCAGGGCGGAAGUAGGGGUAGAGCGGCUCAGGGCUGGAGAGAGGCCUGCCCGUGGACAUGGCUGAUGAGGCGGUUCUGAUCGACACGGACCUUCUUCCAGAGCCGACAGAGAAAGCUUCCUCGGGAGCUGGUGUCCUGAAUUCAGACUUCUAGCCUCCUGAACUGGGCUCAGCUGUGGCAAAGAUUAUUGGCAAUAAUGUCAAGAAGCUUCAGAAGUUUGCCUCCACGGUCAAGAUGUGGGUCUUUGAAGAAACGGUUAAUGGGAGAAAACUGACAGACAUCAUAAAUAAUGACCACGAAAAUAUAAAAUACCUCCCUGGACACAAGCUGCCAGAAAAUGUGGUUGCAGUCUCAAAUCUCAAAGAGGCCGUGCAGGACGCAGACCUGCUGGUGUUUGUCAUCCCUCACCAAUUCAUUCACAGAAUCUGUGACGAGAUCACCGGGAGGGUGUCCAAGGGAGCGCUGGGAAUCACCCUCAUCAAGGGGAUAGACAAGGGCCCGGACGGGCUGAAACUCAUUUCCGACAUCAUCCGGGAAAAGGUGAGCAUUGACAUCAGCGUGCUCAUGGGGGCCAACAUCGCCAACGAGGUGGCUGCAGAGAAGUUCUGUGAGACCACCAUCGGCAGCAAAGUUAUGGAGAACGGCCUUCUGUUCAAGGAACUUCUUCAGACUCCAAACUUCCGGAUUACAGUGGUUGAUGACGCAGAUACUGUUGAACUUUGUGGUGCUCUGAAGAACAUCGUAGCCGUGGGAGCCGGGUUCUGCGACGGCCUGCACUGCGGGGACAACACCAAAGCUGCUGUCAUCCGCCUAGGACUCAUGGAGAUGAUCUCAUUUGCCAGAAUCUUCUGCAGGGGCCAUGUGUCCACUGCCACCUUCCUGGAGAGCUGCGGGGUGGCCGACCUGAUCACCACCUGCUACGGGGGCCGGAACCGCAGAGUGGCCGAAGCGUUUGCCAGGACGGGCAAGACUAUCGAAGAACUGGAGAAAGAGAUGCUGAAUGGGCAGAAGCUCCAGGGGCCUCAGACUUCCGCGGAAGUGUACCGCAUCCUUAAGCAGAAGGGACUGAUCGACAAGUUUCCGCUGUUUACUGCAGUGUAUCAGAUCUGCUACGAAGGAAAACCUGUUAAAGAUAUGUUGUCUUGCCUCCAGUGCCACCCAGAGCACACAUAGAGCGAAUUAUGCAACGUAUUGGCAGAAGGUCUGCCUUUCCAGGCAGUCCUUUGGGUUCAGAUGGAAACCAGGACUUGGCAGAAAGAUGUUUGCUUGACUGUCGUCCCACAAUGGAUGUGUAUGAAUUUUUACAGGUUCAUUUUUGAAUUGUGAGAGGCAGCUCAUUGGCUAAGUUAUACUACGCAGUAACUAAACAUGCAUAUGUGUACGUGCGAGGGUGCACUCAUAUCUCAUUCUGCGGGUGUCUCUCUGAACCAAAUUAAAGACCUUUUUAAAAAAUUUCUUCUGAAAGUUUUGCAACGUGGUAGCCUAUAAGAUUGGAAGAUCUCAGCUAAAUUUUCUACAUCUAAUACGUGUUUGGAAACCCUGGAGGCAUAGUGAUUAAGUGCUACGGCAGCUAACCAAAAGGUCAACAGUUAAGAUCCACCAGGCGCUCCUUGGAAACCCUAUGGGGCAGCUCUACUCUGUCCUAUAGGGUUGCUAUGAGUUGGAAUCGACUCCACAGCAGCAGAUUUUUUUGUUUUUAAUGUGUUUGGGGGGGUGAAUUUUUUUCCCCCCUUUCUUUAAAAUUUAACUGGCAUUAACCCAAUGGGGUGGAGGAGAAAGCGUGUUCAAAGGUCAGCAUGCUGACAUAUUUAAACACUGUCCCCAGGCCAGCAUAAUUAACUGUUUUGAUUAUGGGUUGAUCUUUUUUUUUUUAAACGAUUAAAUAUUUUAAGAUAAUCCACUUAGAUAUUUUCUGCUGUGCAGUUUUCUGCAUUUUCAGUCUCUUUCUCUUUGUUAGUUACCAGUGUGUUUUCAUCAAGACUUAGCAGUGGCAGAAGACAGAAGGCUUAUCUGGGACUUUCCCGCUGUGACUGACACAUUCUUCCAGAUGGCAGCAGACACUUGCACAGUGCUUUUUGUUAGGCAGUGCUUUUUCUUGUUGGAUGUCUCUUUUAAGCCUCAAAAAUCCCCAGAGAGGGGGCUGCUGCUAUUCCUCUUUUAAGACGGAGUUGAGAUGCCUGGUGACCUGGUGAGGAGGGGCAGAGCCAGGGGCCAGGCCCGGUGCUCCUCCAUCCCACCAAGGCGCCGGGGCCUUUCUAAGAUGUCACCGGCCUGAUCUCACCUCCAGUUAAAUCACCGUGGCCCACGCCACACCACGGGCAGCCUUUUCUGUGGCCAGAGGAAAGCUCCCUGCAGCUCAGGUUGGUGUGCAUGUCUGCACGUGACUGCUGAAAGCGAGGUCUACGAUUCAGCCGCAGCAGCAGCUUCCCUUGGCGUCUGUUAGAAAGGCAGGCUCCCAGGUCCCAACCCAUACCUGAAGUGAGGUGUCAGUGUAUCUGCUUUACCAAGGCUGCCAGGUGAUUCUGCUUGGUCACUAAAAUUUGAGGACCACUACUUACCCUAGAUUGGCAUUUCUCAAAGCAGGUUCCAUAGAGAACAGGUGUCCUGGAAUCCAGCAGGUGUUUCCUGGGAAGGUGAGUUUGCGAACACCUGCAUCUUCGAACCCCUCUUGAAGGUGUAGAACACAUAGUGUCUCGGUGGAGUCUGCCUGAUUCCAUCUAACCCAGAAGGUCCCGAAUGUAUUAGACCAUGGUGAGUUUUGCAGGAAGGAAACGUGUUCUGGGGACCACAGUUUGGGAACACUGGUCUGGCUGAAGGUGACUUUGGGACAGCUCACGUGUGUCCUGCCUUCCUGUGAGGCUCUGAGUUCUGGACCUUUAGAGUACAGGUUGGCCACAUGUCCUAGGUGAAGCUUCAGGGUGACUCCAUCAGGUCCAACCAGGUGGGUGUCAGCCUCACUGAAACUCACAGUGGGUGGCAUAAGUGCUUUUAAUUCUACAGUUAGAAUGGGAAUUGUGCACCUUCUUAAAUAGGAUUGGUUUUAGGAUAGCAUUAUACAGUUACCUUACAGAGCACUCAAUGUGUUGAACAUACGAAUGUCAUAUAUGAACAUGUGAAUUAUAUGUCCAUGGGUUUUAAGUCAUUUUGUGAGAUUGUGACGUUUUUCUUGUUUGGGAUUAUUUUUGUUUUUUUAAUUUCUGUACCUGAAAUGAUUGUGGAAUAGAUUUUUGGGGGGGAGGGGCUGGAAUUUUAAAAACUCUAUGCAAAAUGUUUUGGGGGUAUUUUAAGCCGCAUACUCUCGUUUACUCAGAAGGAUAUGAAAGCGCACAAAAACACUACGAAUUUCAGCCAUUUUAAUGUCACUGUUAAUCAAUUUUUGCUUGUCUGGCGGUAAACCUUUUUUAAAGUUUGUAUAUAGGUAACACAAAGUGUUGCUUUUUAAGAUACGUAAAGGGCUAUAAGCUAACGGUGGUGUCUGUUAAGAAGGGUAAUCGGAUGUGAGGAAUCACGGUUUUGUGUGUUUUAUAUAAGCUCAUCUGCACUCAACUUCCUUCUCUGGGUUUUAUACGUGAGUGUUUUUUCUUUGCACGUGCUGUCUUACCCUUGAAGUCUGUCGACAGUCCCUCUCGGAUAUAUUCUGUUCUGCACAUGACGGUAAAAGGCCAAUUUUAUAAGUGUGUGCUCUGCUGACUGUAGAUAUUUAUUACGCGAUGAGUUAUCUAUUUUUAUAACCACCAGUAAUCUGUUGUUUAUUUUAAUUCACAUUGCUUACUAAUUAUGGUAAUAGGGAGGAAGGCAUUUGAAGAUUCGAAGCAUAAUUUGUACUAUUUCAGCCAGUCUGUGAAUGUAAAAGCUACACUGUGGCCUUGCUAUAACCCAGCCUACUGUAAUAUGGAACAGAUACCUGUCUUGAAGUCCAUCCUAGGAGGUGGAGUCAGAAUAAGCUCCUUUGGGUUUUUUCGUUGGACUUUUGACUUUAAUAUGUCCCAUGGCAUCGGCCCAAAGAGGCUGUUGGGUGAGGUACCAGGGUGCAGAGGGAAUUUUAGUCUUUCCAUGAGUUCUGAUCCACUAGUCUUUUACUUAGGUGUGUAGUAUAUUUGUUUACAGACUGGGUGGAUGUAUACAUUUAAAAGCUUGGUUUAAUAAACAUUUAACCCCCAAACUUGUGCUGUGGGUCCUCUCUUUGAAAUAUCAAUUUAGUUCAUAGUUUUAUCUUGGUUGGGUCUUUUUUCUGAAUUGUAUUGCAUUAACGUGGAGCCCUGGUGGCACAGUGGUUAGGAGCUCAGGCUGUUAACCAAAAGGUCAGCAGUUUGAAGCCACCAGCAGCUCUCUGGAAACCCUGUGGGGCCGUUCUACUCUGUUCCGUAGGGUCGCUAUGAGUCAGAAUUGACUCAGUGACAGUGAGUGGUGGUAGUAGUUACAUUAACCAUACUUAAGGUAAUUUUGUUUUUAAAGGAAGAUAUCGUCCCUACUCCCAGUCCUCAACACAUAUGCUUAAAUUUGUCUGUGUUCACUUCCAUUGCUUAAUGAUUUUUUUCAUAAUUGUGAUUGUAGGAUGGGGUACUUCCAGUUCUAACUGUACAGUGGACUCCCUCACCUGAAACACCUGGAAAAGCUAGGAAAGUAUGACCAAUGUUCUGUAUGCAGAGCUGAUCCCACCAAAAUGUGAGGGAAAUCUCCAGGAGCCUGAAAACAAGAUGGGAUGGACAGCCCAGUCGUAAGGCCAUGAAGCAGCUCUGUAGCCACCAAAGGAGGGAGUGGGGUUGUUCUCCAUCAUCUAAGGACUUGGGUUGUAAAGCUUAUGCUGAAACUGGAGCCUUCCAGGGGGUAUAAAACUCAUGCCAUUGAGUCGAUUCUGACUCACAGUGACCCUAUGGGUCACAGCAGAACUAACGCAUAGGGUUUCUGAGGAGUGGCUGGUGGAUUCAAACUGCCGACCUUUGGGUUAUUAACCAAGCUCUUAGCCACUCCACCAGGGCUCCUCCAAAGGCUAUCAUGUCAGAAAAAUAAAUCGCUUUAAAUAUCCACAUACAGCCACAAACAAGGAAGCUGGACUCCAGGUAGAGAAAAUGUCUCUGCUAAAAGUUUGUAAUCAUAGGUCACGACCAGGUUCUGGGUCUGAAUUUUUAUAUCCAGGAAAUCACAAAAAGUUGGCAUAAAAAUGGGAACAAAAAAAUAGUCUAGUUAUACCCCUAGCUGCCUAACAGAAGCAAACACAAAACAACUAGAGAAAUCCACUCUCCAUCCAGGCUGCAGGGCUUCCCAUAAAUAAAGCCCCACGAAAUAUGCAUUUAAAAUUAGAAAAUUAUAAAUACAAAGUCAUUGAUCAUGAGUAAAAGUUAACAGAUGUCUAAAAACAGAAUUAGACCCCCAAAAAUUCAGCUAAUUAAUUGAGCAGUCUGAUAGAUGCUUCAGAAAGUCAUUUCUUGAAGACAUAAAAGAACUACAAAAAUGUAAGAACAAAAUACUAUGAAAAGGGGCUAGGAAGAUUUGAAAAUGAACCAUUUAAAAUGUCUAAAUAUGAAUAGAGUAACAAACUCAUUGGACAGAUGAACAGAUUAGAAAAGUUUGACAGAGCUGAAGAUAGAAUUAGCAAACUGGAAAAUAGACCUGAGAAAAUUAACAGAAAGUAGCAAAGGAAAUUUUUGAGAAGCAGUAAGAAGACAGAAGAUUCAACAUGCUUCUGAGAGGUAUUCAGAAGAGACGAGGGAGAAGCAAUUUUUGAAAAACUAAAGGUAAUUUUUCCAUAAUUAAUUGUUGGCAUUUGAUUUAUGUUAUUUUUUAUAAUACUUUCAUUAAAUUAUCACAUGGCCUAUAACUUUUUAUGAUGGUCUGUAAACUAAGUUGGUAGUGAGCUCUUUAUUUUUUAUUUUUUAGGAAAAAAACUUGCAUGAAGAGUCUAUAAGCAUACGAUUCUGUUAAUUUACUGAAGUCAUUGAUUCAAGUUAUGGAAACAAGGCAAGUGCCUUUCUUAGUCUGGGUUCUCUAGAGGAGCAAAAAUAGCGAAGCAUCUAAAGAUAUAUAGAGAGAUUCAAGAAAAUGGGUCACGCAAUUGUGGGGGCUGGCAGGUGCCAAAUCCAUGGGUCAGACAACAGGUUGAUGGUUCAGGUGGUUGCGGGGGCUGACAAACCUGAAACCUGCAGGCCAGGAGACUGGAGGCCUCUGCUGGCUUACUUCCCAAGAACCAGAGGUCAGGGGCGAGAGAGAGCUUUGCCAGAACGUCGGUUUACAUCAUGAAUGAAAGCCACACCGCCAAGGAAGCUCCUCUUCCAACUGAUUGGCUGCUCACAUCAAGUCAAAAGAUGAGAGGUGAUUACGUAGUGCCUGCCAAACCACUGAGAAUCAUAGCCUAGCCUAGGUGAUACAUACAUUGACCGUCACAAGUAACUUUGAUUUGGAUGAGAGAGGUGUACUAUGGGAAGACUUGGAUGCAAGCUCCUGCUUCAUCAUUUAGUAUUUGUGUGAUUCUAGUCAAGUCAGUUACAUUCCUUUUGAACUCCAUUUCCCUUGUUAGUGAAUAGGGAUAGUGUCUGCACAGCCUAGCUCACGGUGUGACUGUAAAGAUCAUUAAAGAGCAGGAAAUCUUUUCACCAUAUCGAAGGAGAAAAUCACAUGAUCACAUCACUAGCUAGUGGCAGAGACAGUGCCGUGCGUUCACUAGAUUAUCUUCUGGGUUUAAAAAAAACCCAUUGCCAAUUCCAACUCAUAGCUGAACUUACAGGACAGAGUAGAACUGCCCCAUAGGGUUUCCAAGAAGCAGCUAGUGGAUUUGAACUGCAGACCUUUUGGUUAGCGUCUGAACGCUUAACCACUGUGCCGCCAGGGUUCCUUUUUUUUUCUGAGCACACAAACUAUUUCCCAGCAGUUAGUUGGCAACUUGUGAUUGAGUUCCAGUAAUGGUAUAUAAAGAUAAAGGAUGUAUGCCACUUCCGGGCCUGGCUCCCUAGAUGUUCUGCAGGAUUCUCCAUUCUCUGUUCUGGGAACUGAUUGGACAUCAAUUUCCAGGACACACAAGAAGCCGUGUGUUGAAGAUGAUGGAGCCUCUCAGCCUGGAUUCCUAUAUGGCGGGAAAAACCUUCAGCCUGCACUGGGCUGUGGCACGGAUAAACAAGAAACACUGUUAAGCCACAGAGACUUGGGGGUUAUUUAUUACAGCAGCUGUUAUAGCUUACCCUGACUGUUACAUUGUUAAAAAGAUGUUUGAGGAUAUAAAACAAGAAAUAGGACUUGUAGAAAUAACAGGUUUAAGGGAAUUUGUCAAUUGGUUACUCCGUCAUACUAGUGUCCGUUUUGGUAUCCCUUUUUUGGCCCCCUGGUGGUACAGCAGUGGUGAAGAGCUCAGGCUGCUAACCAGAAGAUCAGCAGUUUGAAUCUACGAGCUGUGCCUUGAAAACCCUAUGGGGCGGUUCUACUCUGUCCUGUGGGGUUUCUAUGAGUUGGAAUUAGCUCAACAGCAACGGGUUUGGGUCUCUUUUUUUUUUUUUUGGACAUAGACUAAUGAGGCCGUUUUAUCCUGAAGCUAAUGAAAUUUAAGCUUCAAGACCCUCACUUGCAUAGACCUUUCCUAAAUCCUGUACCUAACUUUGUUUUCAUAAAUUUCUAUUAUUUUUCUUAAAAAAAGUUCUCUUACUCCCAAGUUAUAAAAGCUUCUGACCCCUUACAACUAGUCCACCCCUAGCUUCGGGGCUCUGGAGUCAGAUGAGGAUUUAAAUUCUGGACCUGUGUGACCUUGGGCAAGUUACUUAACCUCUCUGGGUCUCAGUUUCCUUGACAAUAAAUAUUUACCUUGUUAGGUUCCUUAAGAAAUGAGAAUCCAGUUUUCAUAGGCCCUGACCAUGUUUAAAAAAGAAACCCACUGCCACUGAGUCGAUUCCAACUCAUAGCAACCCUGUAGGGCAGAGUAGAACUACCCCUUAGGGUCCCCAAGACUGUAAAUCUUCACGGAAGCAGACUGCCACAUCUCUCUCCUGCAGUGGCUGGUGGCUUUGAACCGCCAACCUUUCGGUUAGCAGCCAAGCUCUUAACCGCUGCACCACCAGGACUCCCCUGACCAUAUUCAGGAACUUAAAGAUGAGAAAAACCAGGUGAGAAAAAGACAUACAUAUUUGGUUUGAAUUGCUUGGAGCCUUCCAUAGGGAGAUGGCCAGGAGGCAGGAAAACGUUCUGGACUACAGAUCGAAAGUGAAUGACCACAACCAGAAGACAACCCAAACUGUCAAAAGGGGCAAAGGAUCUGAACAGGCGUUUCUCCAGAGAAGAUCUACAAUGGCCAAGAAGCACAGGUAAAGGGGGUCAACAUCAUCAGCCGUUAGAGAAAUGCAAACCAAAGCCACAGUAAGACACCGCGUCACACCCACUAGGAUGGCUAUUAUCAGAAAAAUGAAAAGUCACAAGUGUUGGUGAGGACGUGGAGAAAUUGGAGCCCUCAUCCAUUGCUGGCGGGAAUGUAAAAUGGUGCCGUUGCGCUGGAAAAGUUUGGCAGUUUCUCAAAAAGUUGGACAUAGAGUUACUACCGGACCCAGCAAGUCCAUUCCUCAGCAUAUACACAAAAGAAUUCAAAGCAGAGACUCUCAUACUUGUACACCGAUGUUCAUGGCAGCACUGUUCACAGUAGACAAGGUAGAAACAACCCAAAUGUCCACCCACAGAUGAAUGGAUAAACAAAAUGCAGUCUAUACGCACACGGGAGUAUUACUCUGCCAUGAAGAGAACUGAAGUCCUGGUACGUGCUACCACAUGGAUAAGCCUUGAGAACAUUAUGCUGAGUGAAAUAUGUCAGACACCAAAGGACAGAUAUUGUCUGAUCCCACUUUUAUGAAAUAUCUGGAAUAGGCAAAUGCAAAGAGACAAGUUUAUUAGUGGUUAGAGGUCUGGGAGGAGGGGUUAGGAAGCUAUUGUCUAAGGGGCUCUGUCUUUCUCUUUGGGAUGAUGAAAACUUUUGGAAAUUAGUAGUGGUAAUGAUUGCACAGUAUGGUAAUUGAUGUCACUGAAUUGUAUACUUAAAGAUGGUUAAAGUGGGAAAUUCUAUAUUAUAUAAAUUUUUACCACAGAGGUUAUUUUAAAAAGUGAGUGAAGCACCCCUAGCCAGAUGGCUGUAGGAAGAGAGGUAGUAAGUGAUAGUGAGGAUGUGCAGAAGCCUUCACCCCCUGCUAGUGGGAAUGUGAAAUGGUGCAGCCACUUUGGAAAACACUCUAGAAGUUUCCAAAAAGUUAAAGAGUUACCAUAAAACCUGUUGCCACCAAGUUGAUUCUGACUCAUGGCGACCCCAUGUGUUAUAGAGAAGAAUGGCUCUGUAGGGCUUUCUUGGCUAUAAUCUUUAUGGAGGCAGAUCGCAAGGGCUCUCUUUUGUGCUCUGCUGGGUGGGUUUAAACUUCCAACCUUUAGGUUAGUAGUCCACUGCAAACUGUUUGCUGUACCCAGGGACCUACAGCGUUACCAUAUGAUCCAACAGUCGCACUCCUAGGUGUGUACCCAAGAGAAGUGAAAACCUGUGUUCAUAAAUGAGUACGUGAAUGUGUACAGCAGCUUUAUUCACAAAGAAAGUGGAAACCACCCAAAUAUUCAUCAACUGAUGGACAGAUAAAUAAAAUGGGUAAAUCAUACAAUGGAAUAUUAUUUGGCAAUAAAAAGAAAUGAAGUACUGAUACAUGAUGAUAAGUGAAAGUAGCCAAUCACAAAAGAACCCAUUAUUGUGUGAUUCCAUUUAUAUGAAAUGAGAUGGAAGUAUGUUAGUGGUUGCCUAUUCUGUCUUGGUAUCUACUGCUGCUUUAACAGAAAUACCACAAGUGGAUGGCUUCAACAAAGAGAAAUUUGUUCUCUCACAGCCUAGUAGGCUAGAAGUCUAAAUUCAGGGCGUCAGCUCUGGGGAAAGGCUUUCUCCGUCGGCUCUGGAGGAAGGUCCUUGUCAUCAAUCAUCCCCUGGGCCAGGAGCUUCUCCACGCAGGAAUUCCAGGUCCAAAGGACACACUCUGCUCCCGGCUCCGCUGUCUUGGUUGUAUGAGGUCCCCAAGUCUCUGCUUGCUUCCCUUUUAUCUCUUGUAAGACAAAAGGUGGUGCAGGCCACACUCCAGGGAAACUCCCUUUACAUUGGAUCAGGGAUGUGACCUGAGCAAGGGUGUUACAUCGCACCCUAAUCCUCUUUAACCACAGGCAGAGAUUAUGAUUUAUAACACAGUAUUGGUAAUUAUGAUUUAUAACACAAUAUUGGUAAUCAUGGCCUAACCAAGUUGACAUAUUUUGGGGGGACACAAUUCAUGACACUAGGGAUUGGGAAUAUUGGGGGGAAAUGGGGAGUGACUGCUAGUGGAAACAGGGUUUCUUUAUGGAGUGACUGAAAUGUUCUAAAAUUAAUGGGGUGAGGGUAACACAACCCUGAGUAUACUAACCCCAUUGCAUGGUACAUUUUAAGUGGGCGGAUGGGAACCCGGGUAUGUGAAUUACAUCUCAGUAACAGGAGCGAAGAGCUUGGAUGUUGUUUGGCCGAGGUCAGUGUCCUGGCAGUUCCCGUGGCAGAGUGGAAGAGAGGAACACCCAAGAUGGGGAAGACUGACUCUAAAAACCAACAAAGAAAACGGAAAACGGAGGAGGCGAGCCAGGCUGGGUGUUGUCAUGGAAGCAAGAGAAGAGCGUGUUAGUGAGGGCAGUCAGAGUCCAGAAGUGGCCAGGGUGAAGCCUGGGGCUCCUGCACCCCACUCUUCAGGAUUGGCUCAUUCAGGGUCCAAUUGUCACUUGAUCCUGCCAUCACAAAAGUGUCAAAGCCCCCAGCCUCAGCGAGAUGAAAAUGGUUUGUUGCAAUACCCAAAAUAGGCACUUGAGGGCAGCACGGUGCAAAGGUAAUUCACCGAUAUCACUGAACAGAUACAGAGUGCAUGUAAUGUGCUAAUAUAAUGUGUCUGGCAAUCCUGUUGAUGAGAUGGGUGACAAUGAAAUGGUGAUAUGGAUUUCAGUCAUGGCCCCAAUUACUCGCCCUUUGCUGAAUCUUUGUCCUUGGCCAUGAGACUUUACAGUUUCUCUUGCUGAAGGUGUGGAGCCUCUUUCCCCACCCCUCGAAUCUGGGCUUGGCUUUGUGACUUGUUUUUGCCAGUGCAGUGUGGCAGAAGUGAUGAUGUACCAGGUCCAAGGUGCCUCUGCUGUUGCCAGGAGAACCUGGCUGGGCUAGCCUCCUGGAGGAUGAGGCACAUGGAGCAGAGCUGAGUCAUCCCAGUUGCCCCAUGUGUGUCAGCUUGGCUGGCCAAGAUUCUCAGUGUUUAUAUGUGAUCACCCCCAGAUGGGAUCUACUGUGAGCAGCCAAUCAGUUGAAAGGGAGUUUGCUUGGGUGUGUAGCCUGUAUCUGAAUAUAAGCAGACCUUCUGGCUUUUGCCCUUUCUGGAUCCUGCAGCUGCCUCUUGUUCGUCUGACCUCUGGUUUUUGGGACAUGAGGUAGCAGCUGACUUGCCGAUUUUGGAAUUGGGUAAUCUUCACAGCCUGUGAGCAAGAGCUCUGCUCUCUGACCUGCCAAUCUUGGGUUCACCAGCCCCUGCAGCUAGGUGAAUCAGGAGAAGCCUCUAUCCUUAUCUGCGGACUUGGGACAUCCCAGCCUCUAAAUCAUGUGACCUGUUUCCUUGAUAUAAAUCUCUCUCUCUCUCUCUCUCUCUGUAUAUAUUUAUACGCUUCACUGGUUUUGCUUCUCUCCAGAACCCAGCCUAAGACACCUCAGCUGACAGCCAGCUGACCUGUGAGCAAGCUCAGGAUCAGCGGAACCACCUAGCUGACCACCUAGGUGUAUGAGCAGUAAACACUAUUGUUUACGCCACUGAAGUUUAAUGAUUGUUAUACCCCAUUAUUGUGGCAAGAGAUAAUUGAUGCAGGUGGCCUCAGGAGAUGAACUUAGAUCUUCUGCUUUUUAAAUGACAGCAUUCCCUCUCUCUUACCCCCUUCCCUCCAUCUUUAAAAACAUUUCUUACUCAAGUUUUUGUUAUUAGGGUAGAGAUCAGUUCAAGAAAGAUCUCCAUAUCCCAUAGAUUCAUUUAUUUAAAAAAUAGAUUCUGUAGAUGGGUAGGUAGAUAGACAGACAUAUAGAUAUCUGUAUGUAUUACCAAAAAAAAAAAAAAACACAUUGCCAUCAAGUCAACUCUAACUCCUAGUGACCCUAUAGGACAGAGUAACACUGCCCCAUAGGAUUUCCAAGGAGCGGCUGGUGGAUUCCAACCGCCCACCUUUUGGUUAGCAGCGAAGCUCUUAACCACUGUGCCACCAGGGUCCAUGUGUAUUAUACACACAAAUAUCUUACUUGACCUUACUCUACACCUUUGCUCUUUUUAGUCUCAUUUCUAGGAUGUAACGAAGAUCACAUUUUAAAUAUUUUUACUGCAGCUAAACCCCAAACCAAGCCCGUUGCUAUGGAGUCAAUUCCGACUCAUAGCGACCCUAAAGGACAGAGUAGAACUGCGCCAUAGGGUUUCCAAGUAGCCCCUGGUAAGAGUCGAACUGCCGAAUUUUUGGUUAGCAGCCAUAGAGAGCUCGCAACCACUACGCUGCCAGGUUCCCUUACUGCAGAUAGUAGCUCUAAUGCGUUUAUUUUUAACUGCUGUCUAAUUUGCCGUUAUAUGAGUAAACCUCAGUUUAGUGAUCCAUUUCUCUGCUGAUGGAAUUUAGGUUAUUUGCGGCUUUUUGCUACUACAGGAAACAAUGCAAUAAAUAUUCCCGUGUGUGCCUGCUUAUGCACGUGGGUGAGACUUUCUAACGGGUGUAUGUUAGCAAGUUGUGGAAUACCCACCUCUUCAAGUUUACUAAAAUAUUAUUAAAUUGCGUUCCAAAGAGUUUCAACCAAUCUGUGUUCCCAUCAGCAUUUCUGCACGUUUGGCAUCACUUCGUGUUGUCAUCCCAUUUUUUGUUGUUCUUUACCAGUCUUGCCUGUGCAUAUCCUCUGUCCCUGUGGAGUUGUCUUGUCGUUGUGAACAGAUUUGCAUAAGCUCUUUAUAUAUUUGGUGGCUUAUGUGGAUUGCAAAGAUCUUCUCCCAGUAAUGUAUAAUUAAUAAAAAAUAUAGCUGAAAGGAAAAUUAUCUUUAAUUUCAUCUGAUUUCUACUUCUCAGAUCUGACUGCUUACUCAGUCCGCCUCCCAGACAUCAUAAGAAAAGUUUUUCUUUGAUUGACACGAUCAGAAGUUUUUUUCUUGGCUUUGUUUUUACUUUAUUGAUUGAGAAUCCUCAGUUCCCAUCCCCAUAAUUAGAGACCCUUGAAAUGGGUAGUGUGGUCUGUGGACCAACAGCAUCACCAUCUCCUGGGCUUGUUAGAACAGGAGAACCUCCGGCCCAUCCCAGACCUGCCUGAAUCAAUCAGACUGAAUUUUAACAAGAUCCCCAGAGACUAGUAAGCACAUUCAGUGUGAAAAGCACUGCUCCAGACCGCUCUUUCUCACCUUGGGUCCAUAUUAAAGUCACUCGGGAAGCUUUUUAAACACUGACCCGACCACGUUCAGUGAUUCUGAUUUAACUGGGGUAGACUGGGUCCCGGAGUCCCUGGAUGGUGCAAAUGGUUAAUGGUUAACACACUUGGUUGCCAACAGAAAGGUUGGAGUUCGAGUCCGCCCAUAGGUGCCUCGGAAGAAAGGUCUGGCAACCUAACGCUGAAAAAUCAGCCACUGAAAACUCUGUGGAGCACAGUUUUACUCGGACACACGUGGAGUUGCCAUGAGUCAACUCUACAGCAUCUGGUGGCAGUGAGAGAGCAGGUCCUAAAAGCAGUGUUUUUUCAAAAUUCCUGGGAGAUUCUAUUGAGCAAUUGGGCUGAGGCCCAGGCACGGGUUAGCCAGUGAGCACUGUAUGCACCGGCUUGCACUGAGCAAGGCAUGCGAGGGCUUCGUCGUAUUUCCUUGCUAACCUGUGGUGCACAGUUUCACAUGGGUUUUACCACAUCGCUGACAUGGUGGGGGUCAGGUGAAAUUGUGCACUGCAGAUUGGUGGGAAGGCACCAUGGGGCCUGUGCUGACCUGUCUUACUGGGCCAUCCAACCCUACUGAGACCCCUGAUGCAGGCCUGUUUUAGGAGCAACCCUGACUUUUUCUAUAAACCACUUUCACAUGGGAAUAUUUAGUUGACAUAUUUUAAGCAACUGGGUUUACAAUUGUUUAAUAAAACUGACUAACUGGCUCUCCGGAGAGGAUCCACCCAUCCCUCUCCCAAGGAAUCAGAGUGUACCAGGCCAGUUACACCUUCUGCUCUCUGACCACCCCCUCCGAGUGGGUGUUCAAAGCUCUGUUGACAAAGAUGGUCUGUGUUCCUCAGAGAGGCCAGCGGAAGCCCCCGCGGAGGGCAGGCUGCCAAGGGUGUGCUGGUUUUCCUUGGUUCCGCUUUAGAUCCAGCUUACAAAUGUGCUCUGCAAGGCACGGUUACUACUUUAAGCCGUGUUCACCCAAAAACAACUGCUUCCUUGCUCCUGCCAACAUAUUAAAUACAAUAAGAAACAUUCUGGGGAGACACUACUAUUUGUUUCUUUCUAAAGCCACCCAGUCCCGAUCUUACCUUUGCCAAGGACGAUACGGCAACAGCAAGCCGUCAAAUCCACCUCCCUCCCUUGACUCAUCAUCUCUCCAAGGAUUUUCCCCAAUGCUCUGGCUUCCUGGUGUGUGUCUUUGUGCCCGUUAUGUUUGGCAUCUCACGGCAGUGGCCACCAUAAACAUGGGGGCUGACAAUCUCCUGGAGGGGGGUGGGGGAGGAGAGUACAGUAUCCAUCUUUCAUAUCCACAAAGGUGGUAAACUUUACUGGGGGUUCCUUGACACCCCCUUCUCAUUUAUGAUCCUGCCCUAUCACUGUCUCAGAUGGAGGCCUGGUGGUACAGUGGUUAAGACCUUGGCUGCUAACCAAAAGGUCAGCAGUUUGAAUCCACCAACAGCUCCUUGAAAAGCCUUCGGGACAGUUCUACCCUGUCCUAUAGGGUCACUAUGAGUUGGAAUUGCCCUGACAGUGAUGGGUUUUUGGUUCUAUAGCUGUCUCAGGUAGUGAGUGUCCCUGCAACGCCCCAGCACCAAAGCUGAGGCCACUUCUCGAUAUUGAAGGAAACAGGAAUGGGAAAGGUACAUGUUUAUUCAUGCAUCCUGACCUUACCCAUCUCACAGAUACAGGUAUGAGGCCCUCUGACCUUGCUUUCUAUGGUAUUUUCAGCCACCUCAGAGCUGUGGCUUGUUGAACGGGAGACGCUGUAAGAAUCAAAGGCCCCCAGGUUCGUGAAAUCUACACCAGACAGGGAGCUUACAGGUGUCCGAAUAGCUUCUUGGGUUCACUUCACAGGUAGCUGAAUGGCUAAGCUGUUAACUUGAUCUGUUUCUCUCAAACUAGGCCAAGGAACCCUGCUUUAUCUACCCAAUUUAAAAAAAAAAAAAAACUUUGCUGCCAAGCCAAUUCAUGGUGACCCUGUGUGUUACGGGCAGAACUGCUCCAUAGGAUCUCCUUGGGUAUAAUCUUUAGGGGGGAACCUUGGUGGCCUAGUGGUUAAGUGCUACGGCUGCUAACCAAAAGGUCGCCAGUUCGAAUCCACCAGGCGCUCCUUGGAAACUCUAUGGGGCAGUUCUACUCUGCCCUAUAGGGUCACUAUGAGUUGGAAUCAACUCGACGGCAAUGGGUUUUUUGGGGAAUCUUUAGGGAAGCAGAUUGCUGGCUUUUCUUCUGCAGCACCACUGGGUGGGUUCUAACUGCCGACCUUUCAGUUAAUAGCUGAGUGCAGAUCGCUUGCACCAUCCAGGGCCCUGCUUAUCGACCCGAUAUCAAGUGCUAAUUCUCCUGUGUUUAUGACACUUUCCUAAUUCCAAAUAUGGGGCAUUUCCCUAUGAUCGAAAGCAGACUCAUUGGAGGGUUUAAUGCAGUAAAAAGAUCUCAAACUGGGUACUCCAAGACGAGACUUUGAGAGAGGACAGACCUCCUUUGACUCAGCAAUUCAAAGAUUUUUCCAUGGGGGCCGCUCUGUCCUAGCAGAAGCCCGUGUGGCUUGCUCAGCAGUGCAGUACCUGGGCCCUGCCAUAAGCAACUACCUCUGUUUUGAUCUUUGCUAAAGAUUUUUGCUUAAUUCGCCAGCGCACUACUUCUCUGAUCACGUUACACGUCUGCACCUGUGUGUGUGCGUGACCGCACUUGCGCAUGUCCUUUGUAAAUAACAGCCUGCACUUUUCUUUCCACCAGUCCUUGCUUACUCCCCUACCCUGACCUUUUAAUUUUGUUUUUUUUAAACUGGUAUCAUUCUUUCAAAUUGGAGCGCCAAUAAAUAAUGCAGUAACUGGGGCCUGAUUGCCCUGCCGCCUGGAGGUGGACACACGUGCAAUCAAGUCCAGGUUUCCUGGUGAUUUCUGAAGAAGGGUGUCAGCCAUUUGUAACAGAGUUGUUUUCACUCCCAAACAACCCACGACAACUUCUAAGACAUCUCAGAUGUCCUCGGCAAACUCCAGCCUGCGUGUGCCUGCAUCUGCUGUCUCCACCUAGAUUUGACGUGAUCACCGUUUCCUUCAUUCAGUA